AUGGAGGAGGAUGAGGAGGCGCGGGCGCUGCUUGGGGGCCUCCCCGAGGCGGACAGCGCAGUCCAGGGCACCCCGCGCGCUCUGCCCGCGCUCUGCGACCCCCGCCGCCUGGCGCACCGGCUCCUAGUGCUGUUGCUGAUGUGCUUCCUUGGCUUCGGGAGCUAUUUUUGCUAUGACAAUCCUGCUGCCCUUCAGACGCAGGUUAAACAGGACAUGCAAGUGAAUACUACAAAAUUCAUGCUGCUGUAUGCCUGGUAUUCUUGGCCUAAUGUAGUUUUGUGUUUCUUGGGUGGCUUUUUGAUUGACCGAAUAUUUGGAAUACGAUGGGGCACAGUUAUUUUCAGCUGCUUUGUUUGCAUUGGACAGGUUAUUUUUGCUCUGGGUGGAAUAUUUAAUGCUUUUUGGCUGAUGGAGCUUGGGAGGUUUGUGUUUGGGAUUGGUGGAGAGUCCUUAGCAGUUGCCCAGAAUACAUACGCUGUGAGUUGGUUUAAAGGCAAAGAAUUAAACCUGGUGUUUGGACUUCAACUCAGCAUGGCCAGAAUUGGAAGCACAGUGAACAUGAACCUCAUGGGGUGGCUCUAUGGGAAGAUUGAAGCCUUACUGGGUUCAGCUGGCCACAUGACGCUGGGAGUGACGCUUAUGAUUGGGGGCAUAACGUGCAUUCUUUCACUAAUCUGUGCCUUGGCUCUUGCUUACUUGGAUCGGAGAGCAGAGAAAAUCCUUAAUAAAGAACAAGGAAAAACAGGUGAAGUCAUUAAGUUGACUGAUAUCAAGGACUUCUCCUUACCCCUGUGGCUGGUCUUCAUCAUCUGUGUCUGCUACUACGCAGCCGUGUUCCCUUUCAUCGGCCUGGGCAAAGUUUUCUUCAUAGAGAAAUUCAGUUUUUCUUCCCAGUCAGCAAGUGCAAUUAACAGUGUUGUGUAUAUCAUCUCAGCUCCCAUGUCCCCAAUAUUUGGACUCUUGGUGGAUAAAACUGGGAAGAACAUCAUCUGGGUUCUAUGUGCGGUAGCUACCACCCUCCUGUCCCACAUGAUGCUGGCCUUUACCUUUUGGAACCCAUGGAUUGCUAUGUGUCUCCUGGGGCUCUCCUACUCAUUGCUUGCCUGUGCAUUGUGGCCGAUGGUGGCAUUUGUAGUUCCUGAGCACCAGCUGGGAACUGCAUAUGGUUUCAUGCAGUCUAUUCAGAAUCUCGGGCUGGCCGUCAUCGCCAUACUGGCUGGCAUGAUACUGGAUACACGGGGAUACUUGCUUUUGGAGGUUUUCUUCAUUGCCUGUGUUUCUUUGUCACUCUUAGCUGUGGUCUGCCUGUAUCUGGUGAAUCGUGCCCGGGGUGGGACUCUAAAUUAUUCUGCAAAACAAAGGGAAGAAUUGAAACUUUCUCAAACCGAGUGA